CCUCAACACCGUUCCCCCUGUCAUUGCCUUUCCCCUCCCUCCAUUCCGCCAGAAAAGAAACAAGAUGAUGCGUCUCGGCGCGAGGCACCUUGCCCGUCAUGUGGCAGCACCAAGAGCCACCAUAUAUCAAAGUCAAAGGUCCAUAGCACCCCUCGCUUCGUCGUCAGUUCACCACCGCUUCAUUGCUACGACUGCUCCAACCAUGGCGAAUCUUGCUGCUUUCAAACCCCCGGCCAUUCAGAAUGAGCCAAAUCUGCACUACGCCAAAGGCUCUCCAGACAGAGAGAAGCUCCAACGAGCAAUCAAAGAGUUCAAAGGAAAAGUUCCUGUCGAAGUACCCGUUGUGAUUGGCGGCAAAUCCAUCAAAACCGCGUCUGUCGGUACACAGCACAAUCCCUCUGAUCAUGCUCAAGUAGUAGCAAAGUAUCACAAUGCCACCCAAGAAGACGUCAAAGCCGCCAUUGCUUCUGCAUUGGAGGCAAAAAAGAGCUGGGAGACUCUUCCCUUUGCCGAUCGGGCAGCGGUCUUCUUGAAGGCUGCUGAAUUGAUUAGUGGCAAGUAUCGAUAUGAGAUGAUGGCUGCGACGAUGGUAGGCCAGGGAAAGAACGCAUGGCAAGCAGAAAUUGACGCCGCUGCGGAGACGUGUGAUUUCUUCAGGUUCAAUGUGCAUUAUGCUUCUGAAUUAUAUGCCCAACAGCCAGUUCACAAUGCUACUGGUGUCUGGAACCGAGUGGAGUACCGUCCAUUGGAAGGUUUCGUUUAUGCUAUUUCUCCAUUCAACUUCACCGCGAUCGGUGGAAAUCUUGCUGCAGCCCCAGCUCUCAUGGGAAAUACCGUCAUCUGGAAGCCAUCCCCAUAUGCCGUUGCCGCCAAUUACUUGACUUACAACAUUCUCGUCGAGGCCGGUCUUCCUCCAGGCGUUAUCCAGUUCGUUCCUGGUGAUGCUGAGAUGGUCACUCGUACCAUCCUGGACCACCCAGACUUUGCUGCCUUGCACUUCACAGGGAGCACCGCAGUUUUCCGUUCCCUGUACGGAAAGAUAUCCCAGGGUGUCGCAGAUGGCAAGUAUAAGGGUUACCCACGUAUUGUAGGCGAAACUGGUGGCAAGAACUUCCAUCUCAUCCACCCCAGCGCCGAUAUCCAAAAUGCAGCCCUGAAUACCGUUCGCGGUGCUUUUGAAUUCCAAGGCCAGAAAUGUAGUGCCUGCUCCCGUGCCUACGUCCCAGCGUCGAAGUGGGAUGAAUUCCGUACUAGCCUCGUCUCUGAAGUUGAAAAGCUCAAGAUAGGCGGCCCGGAGGAUUUCACCAACUUCAUCGGUCCCGUCAUUCACGAACCUUCCUUCGCCAAGCUGUCUAAGGUCAUCGACAACGCCAAAUCCGAUAAAUCACUCACUCUCCUUGCCGGCGGCAAAUACGACAAAUCUAAGGGUUAUUUCAUCAAUCCGACUAUUUAUUCCACCACAGAUAUCAACCAUCCCCUCCUCUCCACAGAACUUUUCGGCCCCGUUCUCGCUAUCGUCGUCUAUGACGACGCCGCCCCCAACGCUUUCGAGUCUGUUUGCAAGACGAUCGAUAGCACUGGCCAAUAUGGUCUAACUGGCGCGGUCUUCGCCCAGGAUCGCCAGGCAGUCCGCUAUGCUGAAAACAACCUGCGUGCCACUGCCGGAAACUUCUACAUCAACUGCAAGUGCACCGGCGCUGUGGUCGGCCAGCAGCCAUUCGGUGGAUCGAGAGCGUCUGGAACCAACGACAAGGCGGGAAGCCAGGCUCUCCUGGGCAGAUUCGUGAGCAUGCGGUCUAUCAAGGAGGAAUUUGUUCCUAUCAACAGCGUCUUGUAUCCUAGCAACGAGUAAAUGGGAGGGAGAGGCGCGAGUCAAAAAUGGGGAAGGUUUGGGCGUUGUCAUUACCAGCACCUUUGUUGUCGAGCAGGUACUUUGAUUUGAAAUCUAGCGUUAUUUUCCAUAUAUCCCAUUUCGAAACCUACCUUGUCUCUCUGAAUUUAGCUAGAUGCAUGAAAUCUGGGUAUUAGUUCGGAAAAGGGCAAUGAGUGGCAUGAUCUAAACGCACCCCUUCUUCUGUAUCAAUGUCGCUCUAACAUCAUGAAUGUCCCGUGGAAUAUGUUCAUCGGCCCACUCCGAUGAUGACGGCCCUGCCGUGGCCUCAACUUCAAUUUCUUGGUAGUCCUCCCUGGUGUUGCAAUGCCUCAAGCCGGCUCCGUGAAAUAUGUUUGGAACAUGAUCAACAGGGCCCUUUUCUCACGCAUGGUAUGAACAUCGGCCAGAUAGCACUAGUGACGACAAAGACAAAGAUGGGUAAAACGGGACUUCAAUGUCAAUAUUGAAAAGGCAGAAUUGAAAAGCCUUCGGGGCUAGGUUGCACCUUGAAUUAAUAUUUUGUAUGGUUACGCCUGCAUGAUUUGAAAAGUACAAG